UACCCACUUCGUCGGAUGUAUGUAGUGGAAAUUUCCAGAGGCAGGUAUAAAUAUGCAAGCAAGAAUCAGGUUAGGGAUAACGAGGUUAGUUCAAUCAGGGAGGAUGAUGCCUUCUUCUAGCAGUUAAGAUGUGAAUGCCAAGGGAGGAGAAACUGCUUUUGUAGUUGGCUAGCCAUUCACAGUCUUUGUUUAAUCCUGAGCUGAUAGUGUCAGAUUUGCAAAUGAAUUGAAGCUCAGCAGUUUCUCUUUGAAGUCUGGUCCUGAAGUUUUUUUGCUGCAGGAUGGCUACCUUUAAGUCUGCUGUUGUGUGUCCAGCGAGAUUGAACUGUUCUCCUACAGGUUUUUGUAUAUUGCCAUUCCUAAUAUCUGAUUUGUGUCCAUUUAUCCUUUCACGUAGGGACUGUCCAGUUUGGCCGAUGUACAUAGCAGAGGGGCAUUGCUGGCACAUGAUGGCGUAUAUUACAUUGGUGGACGUGCAGUUUCAGCCUAGCUGUUCACUGUGCACUGAGUGGAAAAAGGAGAUUUUGAAUCAUCACACCAACAGGAAUGGAGAAGUUCACUGGGGAAACUGCAAACCUUGGCUUUGGCCUUCUAACUCAUGGGAACUUGCAAAGGCUUAUAUGCCUCGUGGGCAGAUGGAUAUUUCUGGACCGGACAAGUGUGAUGCAGCUGCUCUUCUAAACCUUUUCAACUUUUGUGAUCACUUCAGUGGAAUUGACAAGAAGAAAGUCAGAGAGCUUCUGUCAUCGGAUUGGGCUGUUUAUAUACCAGGGGAAGAAGAUCAACCGGAUGGACUGGAAGGAGAAACAGAAGUUUGCAUGAGUGGGAGCCAAAUAAGUGAAAUAGAGAUGGAAUUAAUAAAGGAAAGACUUAAAGAGAUCUAUCUUCUGGUGGAAGAGCAGGAGAUGCUGUCUGAAGAGAACUUAAAUAGGAUACAGAUGACAAAGGACUUCUUAAAGGACAGCGGUGAUCUCCAAAUAAGUUUUCAGGCAGAUAUGCAGAGGCUAGAAUGCCUUGAAAAAGAGGUGUACAACCAAAGAAGAUCUAUGAAAGAGACUGGGAAAGAAUAUCCUGAUCAGGAGGAAGAUGAAGGUUGUUCGUUAAAGAAAAUGAAGUGUAUUCCCAAAGAACAACUUUUGUGAAAGUGCCAGUGACUGCAUUUUGAAGAGAAGUUCUUGUAAGUGAUUGACUUGUCAACAAGUAGUCUGUCCUUCACUGAAUGAGGAUAUGCCCAGCCUCUUCAGUGGCUUGGAAAACCAAUUUAAAGGGUGAAUUGUCAUGAGAUGCCUUUCUAAAAUUUCAAAACUUCCUGUUAUGGUUUGAUGAUUUUGUUUCUUGGAAGAAUGUCAUGUACUCCUUCCCCCCCAUCUCCCCGCGUCCUUUUUCAAUUUCAAGAAUGCGGAGAAGCAUAGCUAGAGCCAGGAAAUAAACUGUAGGCUUGAAGGAAUUGAUCUUGCAAAGGUAUGGAAGGCUGAGAGAAGGCAGUACUGAGCCACUGAGGUUUUGUUGUUUGAUCCAUUAAGAAAUUAAGCUGAAUGGAAUGGAUGUUGGGCAGCAAAAAUACAGUCCCUAGCAUAUGCCAUGAGGCUUUGAGCAGCUGUCUGUAAGCAAUAUGGUUUCAUUUGUUUCUGUGUCUGGGCCUCAAAACGCCCUCUUUUCUCAGUUUACCAUUGGCUCCUCAGUCACUUUUGUGUAAAGCAGCAAUACUUAAGGGUGGCAGCAAAAUCGUCUUAAAAUAAUUAAAAUGACCACUGCACAACAGAUUUACACCAUUCCCUGACCAUGUCCUGUCUUCACUGAUGGCAUGGUCGUUUUUUCCCAUUCAUGAGAGCUCAUUGCAGCAUGGGUAUAGAGGUUUGCUUAUAUCUCUCAGUACCACGUGCAGACUGCUGCACAGUUCUUGAGAAAAUGCUAAUCACCAGUGCUUUAGCUAUCCAUGUUUCUUUCAGUGGUGCUUUGCAGGGCCAAGUAGUAUGUAGUCACUUAACCCUGAGAACAUUGGAUUCAGGAUUUCUGCUAAAUUUGCAGCUGUCCCAAUCUAGUAGUAUCAAUUUUAAUGGAGCAAAGUCCUGGCUUUUUGUGCUUUUUAAAAUAUUUUUAAAGCAUUUUUUGCAAGCACAAUAAAACGUUCAAAAAAUAAACCUUUAGUUAUGCCAACAGAUGUUGCAUUUAGUACUGGCAGAGCAUAAUUUUGUUAAUAUUAGUUGAGAUUAUUAAUCCCAAUUUUUCCCACUUAGAGCACACGGUCAACUAAAAUCAGACAUUUAUAAUAAGACAUUUAAAAUCAAUGACCUUUCAGAUUCCUGAAACUGAUGUAAUUUUUAAAAAAUGGGCACUUAAACCUUUUAUGUUUUGCUUUUUUCAAUUUUAUUUCUUUUCUCUCUCAAAUAAUGAAAAUCAGCAAAGUCAGUUUCAAUUUUGUGCAGUCCAUAUUACAUUUCAGUUUCUUAGUACUACGUUGUUGUUGUUGUUUUUUGUUAUGUUCCCUGCAACAAUUUCAUGAGAUUUUAUUUUUUUAAGGGAAACAUUUCUAUUAGUCUUAAGUUUUAUAAAACCUCAUUUUUACAAAUUGUAAUGUUAAGGUACAUUUUGCUUUCCAGUAUCCUCUAAAGGUUGGCAGCAACAUAAAUGUAUUUAAUCUCUUGAUAUCUACCAUUUCUUUUUAAUAAAGACUUUGCAAUCAAUAAAAGGAACAAAAUUCAUAUAUUA